CUUAGGUUAACCAGCAAAUACCACCUAGGCCUGAACGAAGUUUAAAAAGUGAGGAAAAACAUCUUUAUUGCCAUCUAAUCCUCAGGUGAGCCUGCAGAAAUGAAAAUUGACAUUCAUUGUCACAUUCUGCCUAAGGAAUGGCCUGAUCUGAAACAGCUGUAUUCAGAAUCAGUGAAAAGCAAUGGAUUGCUGUGCAGUGCAAUUAGAUAUGGCUAUGGAGGAUGGGUUCAGUUGGAGAAAGACCAUAAGGGGGAAGCCAAAAUAAUGAGAGAUGGAAAAGUUUUCAGAGUUAUUCAAGAGAACUGUUGGGAUCCAGAAGUUCGGAUUAAACAGAUGGAUGAAUCAGGAGUCUCAGUUCAGGUACUUUCGACGGUUCCUGUCAUGUUUAGUUAUUGGGCUAAACCACAGGAUACUCUAGACUUGUGUCAAUUAUUAAACAAUGACUUAGCUGCUACAGUAAGGAGGUACCCAAAAAGAUUCGUUGGAUUUGGCACUCUCCCCAUGCAAGCUCCAGAUCUGGCCGUGAAGGAAAUGCACCGCUGUGUGAAGGAACUUGGAUUUCCAGGGGUGCAGAUAGGAUCCCAUAUCAACAACUGGGAAUUGAGUGCUCCAGAACUUGAUCCUGUUUAUGCCGCUGCUGAACAAUUAAACUGCUGCCUCUUUGUGCAUCCUUGGGACAUGCAGACAGAUGGAAGGAUGUCUAAAUACUGGCUUCCCUGGCUUGUAGGCAUGCCCACUGAAACAACCAUUGCCAUUUGCUCCAUGAUUAUGGGAGGAACUUUUGAGCGCUUCCCCAAUCUGAGAGUUUGCUUUGCCCAUGGAGGUGGUUCCUUUCCUUACACAGUAGGACGUAUCUCCCAUGGAUUUAGAGUGAGACCUGACUUGUGCGCAAUCCAUAACAACAUUGAUCCAAGGCAAUACCUUGGUUCAUUCUACACAGAUUCACUGGUUCAUGAUGAGCAUGCACUGAAGUUGCUGAUAAACAUAAUAGGAAAGGAGAAAGUGAUGUUGGGAACAGAUUAUCCAUUUCCACUUGGGGAACAUGAGCCUGGAAAACUGAUUGACUCUAUGGAGGACUUUGAUGAGCAAUUAAAAGAGAAACUCAAGUCUGGCAAUGCUCUUUCAUUUUUGAAUAUUGACAGAAAACAAUUUGACUAAUAACAGAACUGCUGUAAUUAUAUAUCAACAUCUUUAAUUUCUGAAGGACAACUAUAAACAUCAUCUUCAUAUUUAUGCAGUAUCAUGCCAAUUUCAGAUAAUAUACAUGUGCUGAAAACUUGAAUCUAGAUUAUAAUAAAACCUUAUAAAAGCUG